GCAUGCAGUUUGUGCCUAAUGAUGAAGUGCUUAGGGAAAUUACUGCUCAAGGUAGGAAAAAAUAUAGUUUCUUUGACAGACUCCAUGGAUGGAAAAUGGAGUGUAGAUUAAGACUGAAUGGCGUUCGACAAUUCGAUAAGUAUUUCACACAUGUUCAAUCGAAGAUUGUGACGAGAUCAAUUCCUGAAGUUGUGAGGUUUAUCCUUUAUGAGGUGAGCCCUAAACAAAUGAGGGAAGCCAAUAGCAAACGUAAAUCGAUAGAUUUUUGGGAGCCAGCUAAUGAGAGCCCUAAAAAUAUAUUAAAGGAUGAAUACCCAAGUAUGUCAUCUGAAGGCGCUGCUGGUGAUUUUGAAGAAGAGGAGGAGUCGUACGUGCAGAUGUUUCUUCGCGUAGCCUGGAGUAACCUGAUGAACGGCACUGCAGAGGAGGUGCCAUUGUUAAGUGAAUGGGAAAAAUUCAAGGCUGCAAAAAAGAAGGCCAGAACUACACCUUGCAAACCAGAGGUUGGUACAUCCAACUUGGAUGCUGAAGCUGUAGAGACAGCAAACGCCUUGAUGGGACUAGCUGACGAUGAAAUGAAUGAUGAAGGCUUGUAAUGAUAGUGCAUUUUACUAGGUGCUAGUGCUGCAAUAAAUGAAAUUUUAAGAACAAUUAAGUU